AUGUCUCACUCUUCUCGCUCGUCAAUUUCGUCAAGCUCGAGCCGGUCCUCGUGGUCUUCGCGGUCUCCGAACUCGGACUUGUUGGGGAGCAGCAAGAUCCGGAUCCCCCAGCGAAGCAUGAUCGCUGUCUGGUUUGCCGGCGCCUCGUCCCGAAAUGUAACUCACAUCCGCCGCGAUGAGAUCGCCACUCCCCACGGCAGAAAACAGCAGUUGUACUUUGUCCGGAGAAAGCGCCGCAGCUCCAAAGACUACGACGACUACGACGACGAUGACGAUGGCCACAGCUAUGAACGGACUAGUCAUCAUGCCGGUGGACCGCCAGGACAGCCGCUGCCGUUCAGGCCGGGUCCAACCCCUGGCCAGAACUUUGUCCACAAUGACCGUCCCCCUCCUGAUCGAAAUUUCGAAUAUGGCCGUGUGCCGCCCCGGACAAACACUGCCUUUGCAGGUGGUCCUGCCCCCGCUGGCCCUCCGUCAGGGAUGCCGGGACCUAUGCCUGGUCCGGGACAGAGGCCUCCACCAGGCCAUCCAAUGCAGCCUGGCGGCGGACCGAUGCCACGGGGCUCACCGAUGCCACCCGGUGGUCCAAUGCCACGAGGCCCACCUAUGCGUCCUGGUGGCCCUGGUGGUCCUGGUGGUCCUGGUGGCCCUGGUGGUCAUGGCGGUCCUGGCGGUCGCCCUGUUGGGAUUCCAGGAGCCGGUCCUCCCGGAGGCUUCCCCUCAGGAGGCCUUCCCCCAGGAGGCUUCCCCCCCGGCGUGCGAAGUCCCAUGCCACCCAAAGGCCCAGGCGGCCCUGGUGGCCCCAAGCCGGUCAUCGUCGAAGGCUAA